GUGAAAAUGGAAGCAGCAUUACCACAUUUCCAUCGACUUGCAACUUCUCGAUUUUAUCAGCAGUACGCUGCACCACCCGUUCGCAUUUCGAGCAAUUACCUUCAUGAUUUAAUACCGCAACAACAUCCAACCCUCCUCCAACAAUAUUUGGCUUACUACAAUGAACCUUUAGUGCCGCUUGACUUAUCACUCAAGUCUACCACUCCAAUCACUCCACCUUGCACUCCACCGCCAUCGCAGAAAAGAAAAUCACCCGACGUCAAUAAAAAUGACAAACCAAUAAAGAUAUUCAGACACUUCGAAGAAACUGACAUCAAUGUUAAUGAGGAGUCACAGGAAAAAACACAAAAGAGAAAGACCGACGACGAAAUUUCAAACGACAGCGAUAGUCCCGAAGCUAAAAAACUUAAAUUUACAAAACAAUUUUUCGAGGAACUUCGAAGUUGUCUACCCAAUAAAGGCGGCGCUGAGAGCGAAAGAAGUUCACCCGAUGUCGUUGAAAUUAAAGAUGUUGAAGAACGACCGAAAAAGUCACCGAAACCACAACAACCACUGAAAAAGAGUAAAGUAGUUAGGCGUUUAAUGUUUGACGAGGAUAAAACGUCACCAGUGUCUGGAACAAUUAUACGUGAUCUAGCUGAAGAUGAAACUCUAGUGGUUCGUAAGGGUGAUAUAGAUCCAGCUUUCAAUGUUGUUGAAGUAACUGAAGAAGCGAAAGCCCUAAUUGCAACAAUCGAUAAUAAACUUGGAAGAUAUAUCUGCAGACUAUGCCGACGACUUUAUAGCGACGCUUUUGCGUUAGCACAACACCGAUGUUCCAGGAUCGUCCAUAUUGAAUAUCGUUGUCCAGAAUGCGAUAAGGUAUUCAACUGUCCAGCAAAUUUGGCAUCCCAUCGUCGUUGGCAUAAACCACGCGUUCCUGGGGGGAGUAAGCGACGGGAGCCUUCUACUUCUGACGCUGGUCGCUUUCCUUGUCAGAAAUGUGGCAAACUAUUUAGGCGACAAGCUUAUUUGAGAAAACAUCUUCUUGCGCAUGAACAACCCGACACUGAAUCUGAGAAAGAACCGUCGGCAUUCCGACAAGUCCACGUGGACUAUUCCACUUACCAAUCUGAACCAACACGUGACAGUAACUUCAAUACAUUUUGGAACAAAAUGCCUUUGGUGGAACCUACAUGGGAAGAGUCUCGGAAUCGUUGCCCUUCAAAUUGUUCCUCAGAAGAUUCUCGAAGCUUGGAUGUCACGGGGUCGGAGGAUGAAGGCGGUGGGAUUCAGGAAGGUAGGGACGGGUGA